AUGGGUUCUCUUCACCCUUACGGGCAUUUGAUCCGGUCAGCCCGGUCCGGCAUCACCUACGUCCCUCGCCGCACUCUCACAUACACACCCAUUCGACGAGCCGAGGAAGACCCCAACACCCCCAAGGACAAGCCCGAGACGCAAGAAAAAGGCGGCGCCCUCUCCUCCAUCAAAAGCUUCUUCGGCUUCGGCAAAAAGUCCGAAGCCCCCAAACCCACCGUUCGCCGCCAAACAGCCCCUCUAAAACGCGAAGGUGAACUUGGCGCAGGUUCCAUUUUCGCCGAAGAUGAAGCAGGCCCGAAGCUGAUGGCCUCUGGCCGAACACCGUCCGCACGAAAGCAGGCUGCCCCACCUGCAGAGGAAGGAGACGCUCAAGAAUGGUCAACGGAGAAGCGGAACUGGAAGCAUAUGGAGGCGGUGCUGGAUCCUCGCCCGCAGGCGCGUAUCCGAUGGGAGCGAAAGAUGGUUGUGCGUGAGCUGCGUAGUCGGGGCCGGCUGUCGAAGACGGAGAAGAUUAUGCGUACGGAGCGGGAGUCGCUGUCCAAGUCGCACUGGUUCAAGACGUCGAUCAAGAAGUUGGGCCCCUUGGCCCGCCAGAUUUCAGGGAAGAACAUCGACGAGGCGAUCGUUCAAAUGCAGUUCAGCAAGAAGAAGGCCGCCAAGGAUGUUCUGGAGCACCUCAAGCACGCGAAGAACGUCGCCAUUGUCCGCUCGGGUAUGGGGCUUGGUGCCAUCGAGGCUGGCGAGGACGCACCAAAGCCGAAGCCCGUCAAGAUCAUCCUCAAGGAUGGCGAGCGCAAGACCAUCACCGACGCUACGUCCAUCUAUAUCGCCCAGGCGUGGGUUAACCGAGGCCCAUACGGCCGCGAGUACGACCACCGUGCUCGUGGUGUUAUCAAUAUGAUGCGCCCUCCGUACACCUCUCUGUCAGUCUUGCUGAAGGAGGAAAAGACACGGAUCCGUGAGUGCCAGGACCGCGAGGCCCGAGAGCUGCGCAAGCGCAAGGCGAACCUCUGGGUACACCUGCCGGACCGCCCGAUCACUCAACAGAACCAGUAUUACAGCUGGUGA